AUGCAAGCAUCAGUGGACCCUCAAUCCUCUCCUUCUUCAGUAAAGGUAUCUACAGCAUUAUCUAUCUCUUCUCAAAACAAAACUCCAACCCCAGAUGUGGAGUUGGUUGACCCUAGUCCAGCAGAUAUAGGGAAAGCAACAUUGAUGGAGUUAGAAAUCGCUGAGCCUUCCCCAAUCAUUCUUCAGAUAGAGCAGAAACCCACUGGACCUGCAAAAACAUGGAAGAGGUUAAGGAACAAGUCAGGCAGAUUGCUCAGGGAACCUGUUAUACCAAUUGUGAUUGAUAAUGUCUCAGGACUGAAGAGAACCUCUGCAGAAUGUGAGCUCCCAUCUUCAUCCAAAGUCUCAAAAAUUCUUAAGCAAGGUGUACUAGAAAAACCACAAGAAGAUUCUGAAAAGGUGGGGGUUGCCAGCCUUGAAUGGCACGCAAGUGGUCAAUGUUAG